CUCACACAGAGACUGACAGACAGAGAGAUUCACACAGAGACAAUUCUGAACAGGCUACAAUUACUAAACAGGGGAGAAUCCCGACCUCAACCUUCAGGACCAGUGAUGGGACAGUUCUCUGGUCCAGAGAUUGCUAAUUUGUCCCAGCUUCAGGAGAAGGUAGAGCUUCGAUUGGCUUGUGAGAUCUGCAGUAAAAGGGAAAAUGAAAUCACUUUCGUUCUGCGACUCUUCGAGCACAGCUGUAAAUGCCAAGUACUGAUUGCCAGGCUAAGGAAUGGGCAGAAUGGGGGGCACUGGCACGAGGUUAGAGUCCGUCCUACUUUUCCAGUGCCAGCCCGCUACGCAGUUUGUUGGCACUACCAACCAAACAAAGGAUGUAUCAAGCAUUCUCAAAAUUGUACAUUUGCCUGGAGUGAAGAGGAAAUUGAAGUUUGGGCCUUUGAGAAAACAUGUAAUCUAGACAGAAACCAGCUUCAAGGUAUGUUGAUGCCCACCCCCUACACUGGUGCUGCGCCUGCUAAAGAUUUGAAUGGCAUCUUGGAAAAGUUCGGAGGGCAUUUUCAGGAAGUGUGUGAGCAAUGUUUUUACCAAAGCCCUCAGAAGAUCACCAACUACCGGCAUUGCCAGACUCACCCUCGCGGCAUACCUCUUCUUGCACAUAUUGUGACUGGUGAAAGCAGGACAAUAUGUCACGCAGUCCACCCAUUGCCCCGUCAGCAAGCCAUUCACCUGUGCCACCAAUCAUCACGUGGAAUCCUGUGCCGAGUGGAAGGUGGGCAUUGCCCGCAUGCUCACAGCGAGGUAGAGCUAGCGGUAUGGAAGGCGGAGAGAGAUGAUGGGCUCAGUCGUGGGAAUAUUGUGCAGCAAUUGGAGCAAAACGAGGGUUUUUAUUGUCGCUUGUGCCUUGUCACUGCCCCGACACAGGAAAGCUUUGAAAUGCAUUGCUCUACGCCGGAACACAGGCGUAUGAUGGAAGAUGACACUCUGACCAUGUGGAAUCAUCGCAAACCACCUACUGACAUUAACGACUUCACCCUCUGUGAAAGUCCGUUGUCCUGUGUUUUUGGGAACGGCUGUCCUAAAGCCCACAGCAAGGAGGAGCUGGAGGAAUGGAUGCUGAGAAUGAAGGUCAGCAAGAGGAACAAGCAAGUGGUGGAGGUGGAGGGACUGCAGUCUUACCAAAAUCGACUGAUCGAGGAAUACCGGCUGGACGAUGAGACACUGUCAGAAGAUGUUGAAGGGGCUAGAAUUUCCUGUGACCGAUCCCUAGACCUCCACAUCCCCGAAAAACCAGUAACAACAACGUGGACAUUUACUGUACAUUCAAAGAUGUCUCUCGUGCAUGUGGCUCUGUUGAAGAGAGAUCCCGGAGUUUCCUUCUCGUUGUUGGCACCUGAUCUCCCGGAAUCUUGUCAUUAUGCACAGGGUUGCAGCUUCCAAGUUGAGGCACCUCGGCUCCAGUAUACCAUCAAAGUGCUUGCAGAGGGAACAGUAUUUGGGCUUUUUGAACAGUGGUUGGUUUUAGACUUUGGAGAGCGUCCAGCUUUAGUGAAGAAGAUCUUCAUGAAGAUUGGGGGCCAUGAUAUAGCACCGGUUUCCCAAAACAAUGCCUCUCGUCAAGAGAUCGAUUCACUUCCAACCACUGAACGGUGGUAUGCGGACACAAAGCUGUGUGUCCCGUGCAAGGAGAGGACACAGGAGGAGAAAAUUCUCAUGGACCUUUAUAAACCACCAAAGAUACUAAAUCAACAGCACAUGUCAACAAACAAAAACUCACUCACAACUGAAAACUACAGAAGAUAUAUUCAUGAUUGGCUACUCCAGGAAGAGGCAGCUAGGGAACAAGUGAUAAGCCGGCUGAACAUGAAGGUCCCUGUAUCUCUAAGUAAGAUGGUGACAACCUUGCAGGGCAUGUGGUUUCCUCACAUUGGUGGGCUGUGUGCAGAAGUUCUUCUACCGAAGGGCAUGACAAAAGACACAGAAGAAGGAUACUUACUCAGUAGGUCUGUGAACACAGCUCUACUGGCCCCUUGCCCACAGCAAGAUGAUAAGGUGUAUGAAGUGCUUGUAGUUAACAGUGUUGAUCUGGAGAGCAGCAUUUUGCUUGAGAUACCAGAGCGUUGCUGUCGAGAGUUGGCCAUUGAGGAAAGAACAUCCCCCUUGAUGGAGAUCCAAUUCCAGAUGGAUCGGUGGAAUUUCUGCUUGUACCACAAGGCGGUGGACCUGCUGCAGGAUGAGAAGCUUGUGCUACCAGAACUGGCCAACUGUUCGCUUCCCACAUUCAAGGGUUCACUGUCAUGGGGAAACUCUAAACAACAAAUGGCUGCAUCUUAUAUCAUAGGAUCUGUGCCAGAAGGAAAGCUGGUGGCUCCUCUUCUUAUCUACGGACCCUUUGGAACUGGGAAAACCUAUACAAUGGCCAAGUCAGCUUUGGAGGUAAUCAAGCAAGACAACACCCGAGUGCUGAUCUGUACUCAUAACAACAGUGUUGCAGAUCUUUACAUUCGAGAACAUUUCCAUCCUCAUGUGAUGUCAGGUCAUUCAGACGCCAUCCCUCUCAGAGUGAAGUAUAAGCUAAGCAACAUAAGGAGGACUGAUCCUAUCACAUUGCAGUACUGUGCUUUGACAGAAGAUGGUUUAUCUUUUAUCUCACCCCAUCGAAAAGACCUAGAUCAACAUCGUAUCAUCGUGGUGACUGCUGAAACCUCCCGUGACCUAGAGGUGCCCCGUGGAUACUUCAGCCACAUAUUUCUAGACGAGGCGGCUCAGAUGCUGGAGAGUGAGGCUCUAAUUCCCUUAGCACUGGCCAAUAACUGGACCCGCAUCAUCAUGGCUGGAGAUCAUAUGCAGGAAUCUCCAAGACUUUUUUCCCAAAAACACACCGACUGCCAUGAACAGCAUGACCUGCUCACACGUCUCUUCUCCUUUUACCAGAGACAAGAUUGUCCUGCAGCAAAAGGUGCACGUAUUGUCUUCCACCAAAACUAUCGUUCUGUUCCUGAGAUCAUCUCCUUUAUUUCCCGAUGCUUUUAUGUUGGCCGAGGUGAUUCUAUAGAUGCCUGUGCUAAUGAUACAGAAGCUCCUCCUGCAGGUCAAUUUACCUUUGGCCUUUGCCAUGUACAUGGACCUUGCAAACGAGAAGGAAGCUCCUGGGUGAAUGAGUCUGAGUCAUUGCAGGUUUUGGAAGUAGUCCGAAAGGUACUUGAACAGUGGCCGAAAAGCUGGGGACCUGUCAGGGCAAGCAAUAUCUGCGUAGUGUCCCAAGGAAGUCAGGUGCAACUAAUACGUCAGGAGCUGCGCAAAAUAAACUGCCGUGACAUCACAGUGACAACUUAUAGCAACAUCAUAGGGUGUGAAUACCAAGUCAUUAUCUUGAGCACAGUCCGUUCUGUAGAAAGUCUUCCACCUACCUCCCAAGUUUCAUCCAACUUCAGUCUCGAAGUCUUCUGUGACCCAAGAAUUCUUAAUACUAUUCUUACACGUGCACGUUCUCAGAUUAUUGUGGUGGGAGACAUGGUGGCCCUGUGCUCUUUUGGUGGAUGUAGCCGUAUCUGGAGGCGUUAUGUCCGGGAGUGUGUGGAAAGGGGUAGUACCUCACCAUCAACACUUAGUAUGGAGGAAAUAAAACAGGCAGUGUCCAACCUGCAAGCCUGGAAUCAACAGCCAGAAAACCUAGAGGAGGUGGAUGACAGUGACUCCUGGAUUUCUGACCUAGACAUUAAUUCAGAAGAUCAGAUACUGCAAGAACUGUUGGAGAGCAAAACAGAAACAGUUGUGACCGUGUCUGAAGAAGGAAUUCUGGAAGUCAGUUCAGGAGAAUGUACUGAAAGUAAAAGCGAGAAGUACACAAAUUUCUCUACACAUAUGUUAGAGCAAUAUUUGCUCACUGAACCUAACAAGUACAAAAAAUGUCAUUUUGUUAAGGAAACAUUUGAAUCUGGCCAUGCACUCACCGUAAAUGAAUGUCCCCAGAGACUAAUAAAAAUUAAAGGCCGAAUGAACUGUGGCAUGGCAUUUUCUGGGGACCAAGUUGUUGUCCAACUAUCAGGUUCCAGCACCCAUGAAGGGAAGGUGGUAGGAGUGAUGAAAGCUAAAGAAAAGGGCCGACGUUUUGUCUGUUUUAUGGAUCAACACGAUAAGUGCACCAUGAUUCCUAUUGACAGGUCAGUCACUAAGAUCUUUUGCCAUGCGUUUAAAGAGAAGCCAGGUUACAUACCUAUCCGUAGCCUUAUAAAUGGAAAGGGCAAGACUCAUGGAUUUGUAAAACUGACACAGGAGAUGAAGCAGAAUAGUCUUUUCCUGGUGCAGGUAGUCAAGUGGGAUCAAGGUUUCUACUAUCCAGUGGGUUUUGUAAAUCGCAUCCUCCAAAAAAUACAAACUGUGGAGAUGGGUCUUGAGAUGCUUGAUCUGAAUUGUGGCCUGGAGCAUACUGGUAAAUACCCAAAAUUGGCAUCCUUGGAAGCUACGAAAUUGCCUUCGCAAAUACCCCUUACAGAAGGGCGCCAGGAUUGUCGAAAUCUUAUCACCUUCACAAUUGAUCCAACAAAUGCCAAGGAUUUAGAUGACGCAGUCUCAGUUAAGGACCUGGAAGACUGCUAUGAGAUUGGUGUUCACAUCGCUGAUGUGGCCGCGGUUGUACUUCCAGGAAGUGAGCUAGACAAAGAGGCAAAGGCCCGAGGAGUCACCUAUUAUGACCAUAAACGUGAACCCAAACACAUGCUUCCACUGAAACUAAGUGCCGAUCUGUGCAGUUUGAAGUCACAGUGUGAUCGACGGGCACUAUCCCUUUUUGUCCAAGUGGAAAAGAACACUGACAAGAUGGUAAAAGGCUACUUCUGCCGGACACUUAUUCGAUCUGACCGUCAACUGACUUAUGAGGAAGCAAAUGAUAUUCUACGGAUCCAGCAGGGGCCCCCAUUGGUUUUUAACAGUGUAGAGGACUGUGUGAGGGUCGCCUAUCACUUUUCACAGGUUCAUUGUCGUUAUCGCUUGCAGGAAGCAGCUAUUUACAAGCAGCCUGAUGAAGGUCGUCGCCCUGGUGAUCGAAGUGCCCAAAGGAUGAUUGAAGAGCUUAUGAUUAUGUACAAUAAUUGGGUGGCAGAGUACCUGUGUGAACAGCAGUCGCUAAGUGACCUAGUACCUGUCAGAUGCCAGGAUCAGCCCAGUUUUGAAAAGCUUGAGAAUCUAAGAGACAAAUUAAAGCAACUUAUACCUCUAUCCACCUACCUCUCACAUCACCUACUGGAUAUUCCUGUUCAGGAACAUCCUUCCUCUGAAUUUGAACAUCCUUCCUCUGAACUGAAGGUACUUAUGCUAACUUCUGUGUGGAAAGAGCUACAAGAUGCAGCACAAAAAGAGGACUAUGUCAAAGUAAUUGAUCUCCUGUCUACAGAUGACUUGCACCCACAGCUGUGCAGUGCUGCUCGUGACUUUAGAAGAAGUCUAGGUGGUGCCCGUUUCCGAAGGUCCACUAUGCCUGGGUUUACUGGGCAUUACUCCCUGCAGCUAUGUUCUUACACCUGGGCCUCAUCUCCCAUCCGUCGCUACAUUGACAUUGUGUUGCAAAGACUCCUUCACAGCACCCUUACCAAAGUAAAAGCACAGAUGUCCCCUGAAGACAUAGAGAUGCUCUGCCAUGAAUUUGACAGACAAGUGCAGCAGGAAUCAGCCUAUGAGAAAAAAGCUUAUGCCCUUCAGUUGGCACUUUCAUUUUGCACUCAGGUUCAGCAGAAGACAGCAAUCGUGGUUUCAGCUGAACCCAAUCAAAAGGGGUUAAAGUUGGUUUUCCCGAUGAAUGGAGACUCUUUGUCCAGUCCAGUGGAAGUUGACUACAGCAUGCUUCAACCUGUCAUCCAACCUGAGGACAUUAACGGGGGAACGCGACUAUCCUGGCGUCGCAGAGUGUAUUCAUAUGAGUAUUUCAGAGUCUUGCCUUACAAGCAUAUCUCCCAAAGAGGCAUCAUCGAGUUCAGUAACACUGCCUGGUGUGAUGCUGUGAGUUUAAUGAGAAAGGGUUACCCAGAGCAGCUGCUUCCUAUCCUAAGAAAAGGAAUAGAAAUGCCAAACUCCAAGGACAUUGUGCAGCAAAGUAGUUGUGGUCACUACAUAGAACUGAGCAUUGAUCUGCACCCUGGAGAUCCCUUCCUUGUCCAGCUCUGCAGUACGCUGGAUCGUGGUUUACCAACUCCAAGCCCCCAGCUAUUCUCUCCAGCCUCUACCAUCCAGUUUUGCUUGGAGCAUACUCAUAAGCCAGUAGACUGCUUUGCCAAGCAGGCUCAAUGGGCACCUCGCCAGCAUUAUAAGAAUGCCACAGAGUACCAGCAGGUGUGGUACCCCCUCUGUGAGAUGGAAGCUGUGGUUUCUGCGGUAAGCGAGGGAGGGGGUGUGCUGCUCAGGGACGUACCGGUGAAAUGGAAAAACAAAAACACCAUUAAGGAAUCCGUGGGAUUGAAGGGAGUCUUCAAAGUCUCAAAAGACCUAAUCAAGGAGUGCGACCUUGACAUGGACUUCAAUCACUGUUACCUUUGCUUGCGGAUGGAGAAGCUGCGUGCCGCUGAUAGCCCAGGACUGCUCGAUUCCCAUACCUACACCUGGGUAGUACACGCACUGACAAAGGAACAAAACAAUGUCACAAAGGAGGAUGGAGGCAAAGUCGAAUUUCACAUCCAUCAAGCUACAAUGCAACGUGUCCCUCAAGAAGCGUUGGAGAGAACAGCCCUGUUCACCGUGGAGAUUAUCCCCAAACUGCUGCCUGAUAUACGAAAAAAGACAGCCAUACGUCUGCUGAAUUCUUCCUCUGAGCUUGCCAAGAAUAUUGCACUAGGACAAAGGGUCCCUGACAAAAAUAUUAACCUAAAGUUCAAAUCCCAGAUAUCUUUUGAUAUUUCUGAGAACCCUCGUAAACUGAAUACCAGCCAGACCAAGGCCGUGAAGGCUGCACUCACUCAGCCGUUCACGCUCAUCCAAGGACCACCAGGAACGGGAAAGACCAUUGUCGGAGUUCAUUUGGUUUAUUGGUUCCAUCAUAUAAAUGAGGAGCUGAAUUCUCAGGUGCAGGCGGAGGCGGACGAGGAGGAGGAGAAGAACAAAGAGGAAGGGCCGAAGCAUGAGAAAAUGUCUAGCAGACGUGUCCUGAUGUAUUGUGGACCAUCUAACAAAUCUGUGGAUGUGGUGGCUGAGAUGCUGCUUCCACUUAGAAGUAAACUCCGCCCACUGCGCGUGUACAGUGAACAAAUGGAACUGAUGGAGUUUCCAUAUCCUGGGAGCAGUCUCAGAAUGUCUGGAUACCCCAGGGAGGGCAAACCCAAUCCAGUGCUUAGACCCCUCACUCUGCACCACCUGAUUCGACAGCGCAGUAACACAUAUCACGGUAGUAUCCUAGCAAUGGACAUACGGAUCCAGAGAGGGGACGAGAUUUCACCAGAGGAGAUUGAAGCGUAUAAGGAAACUCUUUAUAAAGCCAGGUCAGAGGAGCUUGCUCGCCAUGAUGUCAUUCUUUGUACCUGUGUAGCGGCCUCCGGUGCGUCACUGACUCGCUUGCGUGUGGCACAGCUUGUGGUUGAUGAGUGUGCAAUGUGCACAGAACCCGAGGUUCUCGUUCCACUUGUAAACCACAAACACGUGGACUCGGUUGUUUUGCUUGGUGAUCAUCGCCAGCUGCGGCCAGUGAUUUUGAACGAUGUGUGCCGUCAACUUAAUAUGGACCGCUCCAUGUUCGAGAGAUACCAAAACAGGGCAUUGAUGCUGGACACGCAGUACCGAAUGCACAGAGCUAUCUGUGAGUUCCCAUCCCAGGAAUUUUAUGAUAACCUUCUGCGUACCAGUGACCAGAUACGCCUGCGCCCGAGCCUUUUCUGCCACACCGGGCAAAGGAUUUGUCCAAUGGUGUUCGGAGAGGUGGACGGGAAAGAGCAGAGCCUUAAUGUGACCACUGAGGCGGGAAACAUUAACUCCAAGGAAAACAAAGUGGAGGCUGAUCAAGCAGUACAUCUGGCAUAUCGUUUGACCCAGGCUUCAGUGAAGCAGGAAGAUAUUGCCAUCCUGACGCCAUAUAAUGCACAGGUGACACUGAUAAGCAAAAAGUUGAAGGAGCACCGUUUAAAUGAUGUGACAAUCUGCACCAUAAUGAAGAGUCAAGGCAGUGAAUGGAGAUACGUCAUAUUCUCUACAGUACGUUCGAUGCCCGUGAAUGAACUGGACGUUCGGCCAACAAUUGCUUGGAAACGUCAACAUCUUGGGUUCCUGGGAGACCCAAACCAAAUUAAUGUGGCACUUACACGGUCCAAAGAAGGGUUGUGUGUAUUAGGGAAUAGUAAUCUCCUGAGAUGCUGUCCCAUGUGGAGGAGACUCAUAGAGCACUACACUGCAAGGAGAGCUGUUGUCCAUUCCACUAACAUUGAUAUAGGAAAACCCCGUCAUCGUUAAAUUUGUUUACACAACUAGAUCAUUCCGAUGCCCCCCCUCACCAGGGGUGGGUAAUUGGAAGUCUCCCGUUUAUGAAUUGCAACACAUUCCGCUGUUCCCUUUAAGAAUGGACUCAGCACUGUAUAUCUCCCUCUCAGCAGGGGCUGAGCAUUUUAUUACUCAUUCCAAGAAGACCUCAACAUUCCACUCUCCAUUAAAAUGGACAGAACAUUCUA